AUGGCUUCCCUCGCCUUUGUUGUUGCCCCCACCGCCCCUUGCGGUUUUAGGCGGUCAACUGCCUUCUCCCAGUCCGUGAAGAGCGCCGUGACUGUGCGCGCUUCUCCUGCCCGCUCGUUGAAGGUGUUCGCCAGCUCGCAACCCGAACUGGACAAGGUCGUUGAGGAGAAGAUUCAGGAAGCCAAGAACGUCUGCGCAGACCCCAACGCGGGAUCUGCGGAGUGUGCUGUGGCUUGGGACGAGGUUGAGGAAAUCUCUGCCGCUAUUUCGCACAAGGAGGCCCAGAAGUCUUCCGACCCCCUUGAGCAGUACUGCGACGAGAACCCUGAUGCCGACGAGUGCCGCAUCUACUCCGACUAG